AUGACACCAUUGGUUGUUACUGGAUCCAAACGACCUCUCAAUAAUGAUGAUCUCUAUGCUCUUCGUGAUGACUGCUUAUCAUCCAGUCUUAUGCCAUUAUGGGAAAAAGAAUGGCACAAGGAGAAAAUAAGACAGAAAAAGAAAAAUGAUUUAUCUAAGAAAAAUGAACCAGCAUCUAUUGCGAAACCAUUCGCAAGAACACGAACGAAAAUGAUUAUUCGCAUUACGUUAUGCAGAUUACUAUCUGAUAUCAUACACUAUGUGAAUCCAAUGCUGUUGAAAGAAUUGAUAGAGUUUAUCUCACAGACAACAGGGAGCAUCUCCUAUGGCAUUGGUUUAGCCUUGCUCAUGUUCAUAUCAGCGGAAGUACGAUCAUUCCUAUUGAACUAUCAAGUUUACGGAAUGUUCCGACUCACAAUCAAUUUCAAUACCAUUCUAACUUCUGAAGUUUUAAGAAAAACAUUACGUCUCUCACCCAAAUCCAGAACUGGACUUACUUCUGGAGAGAUUCUAAACUUGACCGCUGUGGACAUAGAAAAGAUAACUUCCUGCGUUCAGUUAUUACAAAACAUCUGGUCUAUACCUUUCCAAAUUACAUUAGCGAUGACCAUGCUUUGGAUCAUAAUAGGACCUGCGGCUAUUCCUGGAAUUUUGAUUUUACUUCUUUUCGUUCCUUUGAACUACUAUAGUUCUAUUUAUAUCAAAAAAGCUCAAUUGAAGCAAAUGAAAGUGAAAGAUGAAAGAACGAAAAUGUGCAGCGAAGUGAUUUCUGGUCUCAGCAUUAUUAAGCUUCAUGCUUGGGAAGAACAGUUUGAAGAACGUAUACGUCUUCUCAGAGAGAAAGAGGUUGAAUAUCUCAAGUAUAUCAACUAUGCGGGGAGAAUGGUCGAUGUUGCCAAUGCAUCUGCCCCUUUCUUGGUAGCAAUGACUUCCUUCACAUCGUUUGUGUGGAUAUAUGGAGCAAAUGAGCUGACACCAGCAGUUGCUUUUGUUUCUUUAGCUAUAUUCAACCAAAUAAGACAACCAAUGAGAAUACUUGGAAUGCUUUCGAACUUCCUUGUUCAAUCAAUGGUUUCCAACAAGCGUGUGAAAAAUUUCUUAAACUUGGAAGAGUUGGAUAAGAACGCUGUUGAUUCCGAUGCUCGAGGACAUGCGGUAGUUAUGUCUAAUGCUUUUCUCAAUUGGGAAGGCCCAUCUGUACCUGCAUCUCUGAAAAAGAUAGAUCUGCUUAUUGAUCCUGGUCAAAUUGUAGCUGUAGUUGGGCAAGUUGGUAGUGGAAAAUCGAGUCUCUUGAAUGCUAUUAUGGGUGAACUGCACAAGUGCAGCGGUACUAUACACGUCGAUGGAACUGUCGCGUACGUGCCUCAACAACCAUGGAUUUUCAAUAAAACUUUGAGAGAAAAUAUAUUAUAUGGGGAAGUCUAUGAUAGAGUGAAAUACAAGGAGAUUAUCAGAGCUUGUGAGCUGCAUACCGACUUCAAUCAGUUUGCUCGCGGUGAUCAAACUGAAGUUGGUGGUGAGGGUGUUAACUUAUCAGGCGGACAAAAAGCUAGAAUAGAAUUGGCUAGAGCGCUAUAUCAGAACCGGUCCAUCUAUUUGCUCGACGAUCCUUUAUCAGCAGUAGACUCCAACGUUGGGCGAGCGAUUUUCAAAAAUGCUUUGGGGGAUCAGGGCUAUCUGGCUAACACAACAAGGGUUCUGGUUACUCAUAACUUACAGUACACAAAGAAUGUAGAUCAUAUCUUUGUAAUGUUUGAUGGAUCCAUAGUACAAAGUGGAACUUAUGAAACUCUGCGAAACGCUCCAGGUCUCUUUGCUGACUUGCUCCGUGAAACUCAGGAGGAUGUUAACGAUGAAGAAGCUGAAGAGAAAAAUGAAAGGAAAAGACUUAUAUCUCGAAGUGAAUCUGUUGCGACAGAUGCUUCUGAGAAAGGACCUAAGCUGAUACAGAGCGAGAAAAUGGAACAAGGAAGAAUAAAGACAGGUGUAUAUUGGUUAUACUUCAAGUCUAUGGGUCUCAUCAACUCAUUCGGUUUCUUCGGUUUCUUCCUAUUGCAUUAUACAUUCAUGAUUCUACGAUCCAUCUGGCUAUCUGAAUGGUCUACGGAAAAUAUUAAAAAUAAGUCAGAUAGCAAUGAUACAGUGAUUCCUACUCCGGAACGAUUAGCAGUAUAUGCCGGCUUGGGUCUUUGCGAAGUCAUAAUGGUGACUGUCUGUUUUAUUUUCCUUGUGUGUGGAACACUCAAAUCAGCAACAUAUCUGCAUAACCCUAUGAUGUCAGCGAUUCUACGAUCACCCAUGCAGUUCUUUGCUGCCACUCCAGCUGGUAGAAUUUUGAACAGGCUGACAAAGGAUAUGGAAAUCAUAGAUAACUUGGGUAAUAAUCUUCGGCAAUUCACUCAAAGCAUACUUCAUGUUAUAAUGAUCUUCUUCUUGUGCUCAUACUCUAUUCCUGCUUUUACAUUCUUUGCCAUUCCUCUGUUUGCAAGCUAUUUGGUCAUUAUUAAAUACUUCUUCCCCACCAUUCGUCAGCUUCGCAGAUUGGAAAGUGUUAACCGAUCACCAAUCUUAUCGAUAAUGUCUGAGACAAUAUCGGGAGCUUCUUCAAUUCGGGCAUACGGUAGAUCAAGCUCAACAAAUGCUAAAAUGGAAGUUGCUGUUGAUCAGUUAAUCCAAAGCCGUUAUCUUUCCAUAAGUACUAAUCGUUGGUGCGCUGCCAGAUUAGAGCUUCUAGGAAAUACUGUGGUACUGUCUGCUGCUGUCUUAGGAACUAUUUCGUCUCGUUACUUUGGUUUGAGCCCUGGAAUGGUCGGCCUGUCAGUCUCUUUCGCUUUAAAUAUCACAGAAGUAUUGAACAUGGCUGUACGGUUGCUUGGAGAGUUGGAAACAAACAUCGUCUCUGUAGAAAGAGUUAAGGAGUAUCAUAUGCUUCCAUCAGAAGCUGACUGGAUAGUUAAAGAAGCCGUUGGUGAUAACUGGCCUCACAAUGGUGCUGUAUCCUUAAACGAUAUUAAGUUCAGCUAUAGAGAAGACCUUCCUCUAGUCUUAAAAGGCAUCAGUGUAAAAAUCAACUCGGGAGAAAAAGUCGCCAUUGUAGGAAGGACGGGAUCAGGGAAGAGCACCUUAACAUUAGCUUUGUUCCGCAUGGUAGAGUUGAACGAAGGUUCUAUCGAAAUUGAUGGAGUAAAUCUCAGUGGGUUAGGUCUUCAUCAGAUCAGAGGACGCAUGGCCAUAAUACCUCAGCAUCCAACUCUUUUCUCGGGAACGUUAAGAUUCAAUCUCGACCCAUGUAAUCAUUAUUCUGAUGAUCUUGUCUGGUCCGCAAUACGUAGAUGUCAACUGUAUGAUUUUGUAUGUUCCAACCCUGAUAAGCUUAACUUAUCUGUAGCUGAACGCGGAAACAACAUGAGUGUUGGAGAAAGACAGCUAGUCUGUCUGGGUCGGGCUCUUCUUCAAGGAGGAAAACUUGUGGUUUUUGAUGAAGCCACAUCAGCCGUUGAUCUAGCUACAGAUGCGUUGAUUCAGAAAAUUGUACGAGAAGAGUUUGCCGAAGCCACAGUUCUGACGAUAGCACAUCGUUUGGACACUAUAGCGGAUUAUGACAAGAUAAUGGUGAUUGACUAUGGAAAGCUGGUUGAGUAUGAUUCUCCACAAAAAUUGUUGGAAAACCCACAGUCAAUAUAUUCUCAGAUGGUAGAGAAUUUCAGCAAAUACUGA